AUGGCUGGCGAAGGAACUCUACCGACUCCAACCAGCGAUGAUGAGACCCCGAGCGUACAGCCAACGCCUGACCCAAUUGUGACGCCUAGUACAGCUCCUAGUGCUGAACCUACAGCUUCACCAGUGGAAGCUGUACCUGAUACCACUUCAGCUCCAUCUACUACUUCUAUUAGUGUACCAAGCAGCACUCCAGCUCCACCAAGCAGCACAUCUUCAUCAAGUAGUACUUCGACAUCAUCAACAAGUACCUCGACUACAACCAUUUCGCCCAGCAGCUUUCCGAUUGUUACGCCCAGUACCAGUAGUCCACCGGUUGCUCCCUCAACCAGUUCAUCAACACAGACAUCAAGUACGCGCAUCAAAUCUCCCUCACAGGACAUUUCAAGCGUACCAGUACCAUCGAGUACAACGAGUACAACAAGCACGACACGGGAAACUCCAAGCACAACUCCGAGUUCAGUGAGUGCCAACAUAGCGCCAGCUGGCUCGGCAUUUGUACCGGCUACAAAGACAUGUCCCGGAGUCGCAAGACAAUCGUCAGAUAUCUAUUGGCUGGAUGAUCAGGAUCAUAACCAAGGUGGCGCGGGAUAUGCCCCGUACGCUGCUGGUACCAAGGUGUACCCUGUGUACCGCAAUGUGAUGGACUACAAUGUUGUCAACGAUGGUUCCGGUGAUCAGACAGCCAAGCUUCAACAUGCCAUUGAUGAUGAUGGGAAUGGCGGCUCUCGUAAAGGCAGAGGUACUACACGUUACCCAGCGGAGGUUUUCCUACCAGGUGGUACAUACACUCUUGGAAGCACCUUGACUCUCACGGUUGGCACGAUAAUCAUUGGAGACCCUCGCAAUCCACCUGUUAUUAAAGCCAGUCCCAACUUCCAGGGCCAGUUCCUUAUCAUGGGCUAUGAUAAACACAAUGGGAACCCGGAGACCAGUUUCAUGAUUCUGAUGAAGAACAUCAUCCUGGAUACCACUGCUAUCCCUGUCAAUAGCAAGAUCACUGCAUUGCAGUGGGGCGUUGCUCAGGGCUCAGGGUUGACGAAUAUUGAAAUUCGCAUGCCAACGAACUCGAAAGGACACACCGGUAUUGAUAUCAAUGCUGGCUCUACGAUCGCGGUCACUGACGUGAAAAUCGUCGGUGGCGCCACUGGUAUCAUCAACUCGAACCAACAGGUCAACUUUAAGAACAUCCAAUUCCUCGGCUGUGGUACCGCAUUUGACGCAAAGGGAGGAUGGACCGUCCUUCUCCAGGGCGCGAGAUUUGAGUCUUGUGGUACUGGUAUCAAUAUGACCAGCAAUGGACUGGGCAGCUUGGUCCUGCUUGACUCCACUGUGAUAAACUCUGGUCCUGCUGUCAGAUUCCAUGACUCCUCUCACGAUACUGGAAGCCAGAACAGUCAGUUCCUCAUUCAGAACCUAGCGCACGAUGGCACAAACCCGAUCGCUGUGGACAGUGAAGGGAACACUCGUCUCGCCGCAACUGCUCACGUUGAUACCUGGCUUUGGGGUACUCUAGUCGAGGGAGAGUAUGAACAAGGUGCAAACCAUAAUACCGAGAGACCUGGAACUCUGCUUGUAAACGACAAGUUCUUCACCAAGUCACAACCGACCUACAACGAGUACACUGCUGCCGAUGUAGUCAACGUGAAGACUGUUUCAGGUUUCCCUGUGAAGGGCGAUGGUGCUACAGAUGACACCAAGUCUCUCAACGCCAUCUUGAAGCAAAACGCAGAGAACUGCAAGAUCACCUUCAUUCCAUAUGGUAUCUACCGAGUCUCCGAUACCCUUUUUAUCCCGGUCGGCAGUCGUAUUGUGGGUGAGGCUUGGUCAGUCAUCUCCGGCUACGGUAACGGCUUCAAAGACAUCAAGAAUCCCAAGGCAGUUGUUCAGAUCGGUAACCCAGGAGAUGUGGGUCUGAUCGAGAUCCAGGAUAUGCGAUUCUCAGUUGCAGAGAUCCUACCUGGUGCCAAGGUGGUGGAAAUCAAUGCUGCUGGCUACUCACCCGGUGAUGUUGGAAUUUGGAACUCGGUUGUCCUGGUAGGAGGCACAGCCGAAACAAGCAUCGCCAAUGUCUGCAGCUCUCAAGACCCGAAGGACUGCAUGGCUGCGUUCAUGGUCAUGCACCUCACCGAAUCGUCCUCAGCUUACAUCGAGAAUUUCUGGGGAUGGACCGCAGACCAUAAUCUCGACAGCACAUCGCUUCUUACCAUUGUGUCUACUGGCCGUGGAAUUCUAGUCGAGGCGACCAAGGGAACCUGGCUUACUGGUACAGGCUCGGAGCACCACUGGUUAUACAAUUAUAAUUUCCACAAUGCAGCCAACGUAUACGCGGGUCUUCUUCAAAGUGAGAGCCCAUACAUGCAAGGCUCUGGUGAGUACCAGAAUGCACCAGCACCAUGGACCGUGGAACCCAGUCUCGGUGAUCCGGACUUUACAUGGUGUGGAGCAACAGACCAGAAGUGUCGAACUGCCCUAGCCACCAACGUGGACGGCGGAUCUAAUAUUGCGUUGUACAACUCUGCCGCAUGGGCAUUCUUUGAUGGGUACUGGAACGGUCUGUAUAAUGAGCCUUGCAGUGGAAAGUGCCAAACGAACAUGAUGCGCGUGGCAGCUGCUCCACAGAAUCUGGUCUGGUACUCCAUCAGUACGCGUAUGACUGAUGUGAUGAUUCUGGAUGGGAAGACUAACCCGCGAGAGGCGGAUCAUCCCGGUGGAUGGGAGGGUGUUAUCCAGGCUUAUGGGGAGUUUUCUUCUUGA